CAGAUGAAAGGGAAGCGGCUUGGCAGGGCGGAGAGGAGCCGGGGCGAGGGACGGGGAGCGCGGGGCAGGCGGCGGCGAGGAGAGGGGCGCAGCGCGGCGGGAGGGCUGCUGCCAUGGGGCGCUGACCCGCCCGGGAGCCCGGCCCCGGAGCUGGAGCCGCUCGGGAGCGAUGCGCGGCGGCGGGACGCCGCUCCCCCCCGCCGCGCGAUGAGGGGCUGCGGGGCCGGCGCGGGGCCGGCCGUGCCGCCGCCGCUGCUGCUCGGGCUGCUGCUGGCCGCGGCGCCGGGCGCGGCGCUGGGCAAGGAGACGGCGUUCGUGGAGGUGGUGCUCUUCGAGUCCAGCCCCAGCGGCGACUACACCACCUACACCACCGGGCUGCAGGGCCGUUUCUCCCGCGCGGGGGCCACGCUGAGCGCCGAGGGCGAGAUCGUGCAGAUGCAUCCACUCGGACUGUGUAAUAGCAAUGAUGAGGAAGACCUAUAUGAAUAUGGCUGGGUAGGAGUGGUAAAACUGGAACAGCCAGAGUUGGAGCCUAAGCCAUGCCUUACUGUCUUAGGAAAGGCAAAACGAGCAGUACAGCGAGGAGCCACAGCGGUCAUCUUUGAUGUUUCUGAAAACCCAGAUGCCAUUGAUCAGCUGAACCAGGGCUCAGAGGACCCUCUGAAGAGACCAGUGGUGUAUGUGAAGGGUGCUGAUGCUGUCAAGCUAAUGAACAUAGUUAACAAGCAGAAAGUGGCACGAGCAAGGAUUCAGCAUCGCCCCCCACGGCAACCCACCGAGUACUUUGAUAUGGGAAUUUUCCUGGCCUUCUUUGUGGUUGUGUCUCUUGUUUGCCUCAUUCUUCUUGUCAAGAUCAAACUGAAACAGCGACGUAGUCAGAAUUCCAUGAACAGGCUUGCAGUGCAAGCACUGGAAAAAAUGGAGACCAGGAAAUUUAAGUCCAAAAGUAAGGGACACCGGGAAGGUAGCUGUGGAGCACUGGACACACUCAGUAGCAGCUCCACUUCGGACUGUGCCAUCUGCUUGGAGAAGUACAUUGAUGGGGAGGAACUGCGUGUCAUUCCCUGCACUCACCGAUUUCACAGGAAAUGUGUGGAUCCUUGGCUACUGCAGCAUCAUACCUGCCCUCACUGCCGCCAUAACAUCAUAGAACAGAAGAAGGGAAAUGCAGGUGCAGUCUGUCUGGAAUCUGUCAACCCAGCACGCAGCCGGCAGCAGAGGGUGAUUCUGCCUGUCCAUUACCCAGGCCGAGUGCACAGAGCAAACCAGAUAACAGCAUAUCCCACUCGGACAAGCAUGGACCCUCACGGAAACCCUAUCACAGUACUUACAGUUGAGCGACAUGGUGAACAGAGCCUCUACCAAGCCCCAUCCCCAGCCUAUAUCCGAAGUUACCAGCCUAUUCAUUUGGACCAUGCUUUAAACACGCAUCACUGUAGCCUGGAACAUAGGGCUUACUCUCCAGCUCACAACUUCCGAAGACCCAAGUUUGGUGGACGCAACUUUUCCAAAGCAGCAUGUUUUUCCCAAUAUGAGACUAUGUAUCAGCACUACUACUUCCAAGGCCUUAGUUACCCUGAGCAAGAUGGACAGCUUCCAGCUGGCAUUUCCUCAAAGGGUCCUUCCCGUGCCUUUCAGCCUGGUAGCAGUAUGCUUUUCCCUUCUGUGGUACAUGUAGUGCCCUCAUCUCGUUUGGAGAGUGGCAGUACCUCCAGCUUUAGCUGCUAUCAUGGUCAUCGUUCAGUGUGCAGUGGAUAUUUGGCUGACUGCCCUGGCAGUGACAGCAGCAGCAGCAGUUCUGGUCAGUGCCACUGCUCCUCUAGUGAUUCCAUGGUUGACUGCACUGAGGUCAGCAACCAAGGGGUUUAUGGGAGCUGCUCCACCUUUCGCAGCUCUUUGAGCAGUGACUAUGACCCAUACGUUUACCGCAGUAAGAGCCCUUGCCGAGUGGGUGAGGUUGGUGGUGCAAACAGGGGUACAAUUGUUCUCUUGGAGGGCCCCCACGAGGACGAGCUUCCAGCUCAUGGUCUCAGUCUGGUGGGUGCUGACUGCCGACCUGAGCCAGCUUCUUCCUCAGGGGACCAACUGUCUAAUUGCAGCAUGGAUAUGAACUAUAGCAGUAAUUCCUCACUAGAGCACAGGGAUCCAAAUGGCACUACCUCAGAGGGAGGACAUGAGGCCGCUCCUGGUGCUGCCUUGGGUGUUAAAAGGAACUGGAAGAAUCCAGAGGUAGCAGGGCCACUUAUGGAGCAAGCAUGCGCAUGCUGCUUUGAACUCCAGCACUCUGCCCUGGAACCUAGCAAUGGGACAGCUGACUGUAGUGCACUCUUCCUUAGCUCUCCGCUGUGGGGGACGUGUGGCCCAGGAAUAGAACCACAGUCAGGGAACACCCCGGGCUUGUACAGUAUUAACUCAGACCACUUGCAUAGGACAGAUGGGGUAAAAUAUGAGGGGUUGCCCUGCUGCUUCUAUGAAGAGAAGCAGGUGGCCUGUAGUAGCAACAGUGGCAGUGGAGGUGGUGGCUGCUAUACAGAAGACUAUGCAGUGAAUGUGCAGUACACGCUUCCUGAUGACACCUUGCCAAGCUGCUGUAAGGGUGUAUGUGAUCUGGGUCAACGCAUUCCCAUAAUUCCUGAAGACAGAGACUGUGAGCUGAUCCUACCUACAGAGUGCCAAGGGACCCACACAGGAGGCUGUAGUUCCUGGGAUGGAACACCUGAGCUAGAUACUUAUCUGCACUGCCAAGGUAUAGGAGAGGUACAGGACGAGAGGGAGGUGUGCUACGAGGCAACAUCAUUCCUGCGGCAGAACUGCUCUCAGGAGGAGGAAGCCGGAAUGCUCUUUCCCAGUCCCACUCUGAACUCCCAGAAGCUGAUGACAACCACAAAGGCCACAGGUGCUGGAUCUCAUCCCUUGGAGAGAAGCCAAAUCGGUGACUAGACCUGUCCAGAUGAUCCCGGAUGGAGAAGUGGAGCUUAUCAGAGACUCCAAAUUCUCAUGGACUUAAUUUUUUUUAAGCUUUGACAAACACACAAAAGUGGUAAUGUGGAGAAUUCCCUCCCCCACUUCCUCUUCCUCUGUGUCCACAUCAGCUUGAUUGUCUCUUUUGUCCCUCUUGCCUGAAGCCUUCAGGCCUCCAUUUGUGUGCAAAGCCCAUGUGGGACAUGGUGUGGAGCAUUUCUGAGCUCUAGUGCCAUUUCUAUAUUAAUGACAAAGUGUUAUUUAUAUUUUCUUUUUAGAAGUGACCGUGUCAGCUCUUGCUGAGAGGUAACACGGUGUGUUAAAUAAGCCAGGCUAUGUGUAGAUGCUGUUAUCUCCUACUUCAAGGAGUCCAGCCUUCAAUAAGCUCAGGGCUACACCUGCCUUAGAAACCAGAUAGCACCUUGAAAUAUAGUAGUCCAGAGGGAUACAGCUGCUGAGUGGAUGCUCAGAUAACGACUAUUCCUUGUAGCAAAUCCUAGUAGCCAGCAAGUUGUAUGAGCAAUUCUGAGGGAGGUGAAGCAUUGGGCUGUCUGCUUUCUCCUCUCCCCUCCUCCCCCUUUCAUGCUGCUCUGAUGAUUUGGCUAGGAAGGGUCUCUGGAAGGGUCUCCUGCCAUUAUGAUUAGUUUUAACAGAGUGGGGGUAGGGAAACUGGUAGCUCAGAAUGUUCUUGUUCUCACUUCCUGCUAAACUGUGGACCUCAUUGUAUCUUCUGACUGGUGAAGAAUGCUGGGGACCCCUCCCUCAAACAGAUGCUAGAAGAAAACGCUUAGAAAGGGUAAUACCUUUGUAGGUAAUGAACCUUGCCUUCCAUAGGAAGUUUUUCAGGCACCUGUAGCCCCUGUUAUGGCUGUGAGGAAUGCUGGCAUAUGCAGAAAAACAGAGCUUGCAGGGUGCUUGCAGCUUGGCUGGCUCAUUUUGGAAACAGGUCAGGAGGUGUCUUGUUUCCUUAUAGACUGCAAGCACGCCUGAGGGAAGCAGUGCUUGUCACCUUUUGUGCAUGUGGGAACGUGAGGGACUUGGUUUAGUCGUCAUUUUCUUCUUUGCUUCCAUAGAUCAAUCUGUUUUAAAGGUUUCUUGGGCCCAGCCAGUUGUGCUUCAUUUUUGUCCUGUGUACAGAGUGCUCUCUGUACCCCAUUAGCCUGGGCACAUACUUUUGUUAUUGUUCUUGUACUAGUGGGGAUAUUUGUUAUCAUGAGAUAAUGUAUGUCGUCACUUCUGAUAACAAUUGUUUCCUGUGGAAACAGCGGCUUCUGAGUAAGAGGCUACCAUAGCAUGGUUUAAAUUGCCUGUCAUGCUGCAUGUGCCUGAGGACACAGUGUCAUCCUGUCUGGUGUAUUCACAGCAGGAAUUCUCCUAAAGGGAAACUAAUUAUUUAAUGCCCACAGUGCCAGUCUUCUGGAAAGAUUUGUCUGAAGUUCAGUACUCUUUGGAGAUACUUAAAAGACACAAAAAAGAGAUGUACACUUCGUCUUACAUUUUCUGCCAAAGUAAUGUCCUUGACAGCACUGGGCUAAUUGUGAGAAGCAGCAAAGUUGACUUGUUUGCUUUAUAGUCCCAAAUGAAAUAUUUUAAAAGAAGCAAACAUCUAAGAAAUAACAAAUACAUUCAUCCGUUUACUUUUACUUUCUGUACUCACUAAGUUAGGAAAAAAUAAUUCUAUUUGAAGGAGUUCAUGUUAAAUCUUUUUAAAUGAACAAACACCAAAAUCCAGCUGUUCAGAGAAUUAAUACAAGGCAAUAUCUGGGUAUAAGAUUAAAAGAAAAAUUCCAAUAAACACAUUUUCUGUGUAUAAAGCUUAUUGAAAACUUACUCAUUCUCUGAAUGACUGAAGUAAGUGGUAUGUGUUGGGAGAAUAAAGGUUUGGGUUUUUUGUUUGGUUGGUUUUUCAAGUCUUACCUUUCUCCUUCCUCCACUCAAAAGAAAUGCAUUGUAGAAGCUAUGUUAUACUACCCUGGUCAUUCUGCUUGGUGUUUUGUGAGGCACUGUCUAAGGCCACCUAAGAUGCAUUGUACUCUAUAACUACACAGCAUGUUGUGGUAAAAUGUGGUUACAAAAAAAAAAUUUGUAUAUUCUGGCUCAUGGUGUUCCUGGAUGUACUGGUCUCAUUCACAUGUUGUGGAAAUCUCUGCCAGUACAACAGUCUCUGCAGGCCUUACUACAGAGGUACCCUGGUUUCUGUGUUUGGUUUUAUAUUCAACAUUUAGUUAAUUCCCUGCUACCUGUAUGUCCAUACAGACUUAUAGGCUACCUGGCUGUGAUAGACAGUUUUUAUAACAAAAUGCCUUUCUAUGUUCAACAUGAACAGUUGUCAUUGUGUUUGGCUCAUGAGGCACUAUUUAAAAUGUUUUUAAUUAAAGUUAUCUUAUAGCACUUAAAAUUGUUCUGUAUAAAAUUUGGUGUAAAGAUUUGUAAUAUGGUCAAAGGGCUCUUUCUCCUUCAUUACCAUUUUUUAAAAUGUUUUAAAAGCUAGAAAACAUCUUGUAUAUAUUCUGUAUAUGUAUAGCAGCACAUUUCAUUUAUGGAAAUAUGUUCUCAGAAUAUUUAUUUACUAAUAUAUUUAUCUUAAGCCAUGUCUUAUGUUGAGAGUGUGUGACAUUAUUGUAAUAAUCAUUGAAAAUCACUAACAUGAGGCCCUGUAAAUACAUGAUAAUUGCACACAAAGAUUUUACAAUACUUGCCGACCAAAAAUGAUUUAAGAAAAGUUGUAGUUACCUGCAGUUUUGUAAGAAAGUGUACAAAUGUCUGUAUUAAAAAAAAAGGCAAAACCACACAAAAAUACAGUUUUAUUGAACAUACA